AUGGACCCCUCAUCACCAGCAAAGAGACGCGCCCUCGCGCCCCUGGACGCGAACGUGAACGCGAUAUCGUCGCCCACGAAGCUGCACAAACACUCCAAGGUGGGCGCCGGUCCUCAAUCGCCGCGUAAGAGCCAGAGUCCCAUCAAGGCUCUCAAUCUCAAGAGGUCCAUCGCCGCCGUCGACAUCUUUGACGAGAACGCCCUCGUUCCCAAGAAGAAGCAUUGCCAGGAACCCGCCUCUGCUACUGCUACUGCUACUGCUACUGCUACUGAUGCUGAUGCUGAUGCUACCACCGCCGCCGCACCCCUCGUAUCUGCUGCACCUGUAGUUGCACCUGCACCAGCACGAGAACUUGCAUUGGCACCUGAAGCUACUUCAUCAGUUCCAGCUAUUGCCUCUGCAUCCGCGACCGCACCGACGGAGAUGGAGAUGGACGUUGAGCCCGACGCCAUGGAGAGCCAGAACGAACAACUAGAAGAGCAGAAACAGCACAGCGAACAACAACCAGAACCAGAGGUGCAGGGCGAGGACGAACUGCCAGAACGGCAGGAAGAGUCGCGGCACGAGACACCGCGAACCCGCUCCGCGUCCCCCGACACGUCGGCCGUGUUCGACACCUCCGCCAUGGACACGUCUCAAAACACCACCAUCCUCACCGAGCCCGAUGCAGAGCAGGCUAGGACCCUGCCGCCGCCGAGGCCGAGGAGGUUAUUGACCCGCGAGGAGGCGCGACAGAAAGCUCGGAUCCUUCGAUUGAAACUCGGACUCGCGAAUUACAAGCUCCAGACGGGGCAGGAGAACGUACCCCUUGACAAGCUGCAGGUGAAGCCGCGACCGGGACAGCAGCAACAGCAGCAGGAGACGAAGACGCAGACGCAGACGACGGAGAGGGCCCUGCCGAGGGUCAUGGUGCAGCCGCCGUCAAGCCGCGAUGGUCCUCCCGAGAACGAGGCCGAGGAGGUCGUCGAGGAGACCGAGCCCGAGCAAGAGCAGGAGACUGACGAGGCCGAAUCGGCGACGCCGACGCAGCAGGUGCAGGAAGAGAAGGAACCUCGGAGCGUGGUCGGCGUGCUGCCGCGUCUGGAGAUGGAUGACCUCAAAGCCGGCCGGGGUAACAACAACGACGAGGAGCCGACAAGUGCUGUUUCGGGUGGUAUCGUGAGCAGCCUGCUUAGUCUGGCGAGGGGUCCGUCGUCUCCCGUUUCUACUUCGUCAUGA